ACAGGAGAGGUGUUGCAGACAAACAUGCGCCGGUGAAGAUUCGCUCAUCGCAAACAAUGUGUUCAGUGGUCGCAAAUUUUACGUUCGCUCAACACAACUGAUAAGUGCGGUCGCGAUGAACAUGACAGUGCUAGUGCUAAUGCCAAACAGUUUUUCUCUGAAGAAUGAAUUGUUUUAUCUGUGCUUUCUUUGGUGCUCUCCUGCUGUAUAGCCAAAUUUAUGUCUGCAUUGAGGCAGGUAACGUCACAGUCGUCAAAAUAUCGUGCACCAUGACGGAUGACAAAUGCAACGACCACUGCUUCCAAAAGUACGGAUAUUUCGGGCGACACAUUCCAAGAUACGGGAAGGAGCUCACUUAUGGUGUCGUGUAUUUUCGCAAGAUCUGUAUCUGUCACUUAGCAAAACACCUGAAAGAAUAUUUAAAAGACAACAAGCUACAGUGGCGCAAGCUGUGGCUCAAGAUGAUUUGGUCACCGAAAAGCUUCCAUGAGUGGCUCGACCGCUACGAUGUGCCGUUCAUCACCCAUAAGACAGCGGAAGACAAAGGAUAUCUCCUUUGAGCCCUCGGAUGCAAAUGAUUAAACUUCAAGCACUGUAGGACUUUCCUCAUCAUUGUUGCAUGGUUAACACCUUAAAUUACUAUCAAUACCCAAAAUCAACACAUAAGGGGUCGUUCAAGUAUUACGUAAUGCACUUAAGGGGGAGGGAGGUUUGAGCCAGCCUCAGGAGGCGUUACAAGGCGGAAGAGUGCCAAGCCCAGCGUUACGUAACGAACCCAAAC